AUGACUGCUCUCCAGAUUUCUGAAGAGUAUCGUGCCUUUGCACGACUCUUCAGACUUCGUUCUUUCUUCGGGCCAGAUUCUGAUGAUCGCGUUCACUCUCCUGCCGCCGAGAUUGCUCUGCACUUUGCUGGUGGCUUCUCUCAGAAGUUCCGCAUGCCCAAUCCGAGCUGGAAUCCGCCAUCUCUCAACGUGGACCUCGAGAAAAUCCUCAAAAUUGGAGAGCGACUCCUCUGUCAGCAAAUCUCCUCUGCGACGUUCACCAAUGGCCCUCUGCUGCCAUUUCGGCUUCUGUCAGCCCUCAGAAAUCUACGCAAAGACUCCACCAUUAUUAUUAAGGCGGCAGAUAAAAACCUCGGACUUGUUGUCCUUGACAAAUCGUGGUAUCUUAAUGAAGGACUACGACAGCUCUCUGACCCGAUGGUGUACUCUGUGGUCCCUGCUGUGCCGUGGGAUGAGAUUGUUUGUAAUCUCUCUUCAAUCAUUCGUAGAUUCCGCUCUGUUUUGAAAAACGUGGAACCUUUUCUCCUGAGCAUUCCGGUCUCCAAAGCACUUGCUUGUGCUUUUUACUUGCUGCCCAAGAUACAUAAACCUGUCCUUACAGGUCGACCGAUUUGCUCUUAUGCUGGUUAUAUUUUAGAACCCGCUUCUCGAGUUCUACACCAUCUUCUUCUUCCAAUCUUAUUGCAGCAACCGAAUCAUUUGACUGAUUCGCUCAGCCUCCUCCGUGAACUCAAGCAUCGCCGUCUUCCACACGAUUGCUGGUUGUUUACUUUUGACGUGGAAUCGCUCUACCCGAGCAUCCCCACAUCCGCAGGCCUUUUUGCUUUGAAGACUUUGGUGUCAAAAUUCUUUGCUCCUCGUGGCAUUAAUCAGCAGCUUGUCGACAUGAUCUGCAGUCUUGCUAAGGUGGUUCUUCAAUUCCACUUCUUGGAAUUCGAUGGCGUUUUCUACAAACAAAUCCGUGGGACUGCAAUGGGAAGUAACUUUGCAGUUGCCUACGCCUGCCUAUUCUUAUGCCAUCUAGAGGAGGUUCUUUUCUCCUCCAUGGAUUCUUCACCUCUUAUCUUUUUUAAGAGGUAUAUUGACGAUGCUCUCGGCAUUUGGACUGGUUCUCUGCACUCUCUCCAACAGUUUCUUACUGCCUAUCAGAAUGCAUAUCCAGAAAUCAACAUCAAUCCAUGUAUUUCGUCCUCUUCUGCAGUGCUUCUCGACAUCAACUUUUACAAAGGGCCGAAUUUCUCUUCAUCGGGUAUUCUCUCUUCUCAAUGCCAUCAAAAGAAACUAAAUGCCUAUCAAUACAUUUUGUAUAAAUCUUGGCAUCCUCCGCAUCAAAAGAAAGCUUUUGUUAUCAGCGAGCUUCGUCGAUAUCUCCUUCGAGAAUCUGAACCUUCUGGUUUCGUCCGAUUGAAGAGACUUCUUUUUCAGAGACUUCGUGCCCGUGGCUAUCCUAGAAGGUUUCUUUUACACUGCUUCAACAAGGUCUCUCCGAAGGACAAGUCAGCGCUUCUUCAGCGAGUUUUUGCUCCUAAAAUAAGAAAGAGGGCCCCCCUUGUUUUCAAACUUGAUUUUAGUCCUUCGACUAGAGCGAUGAACUUGGGGGCUUCCCUAAACCCUGAACUUUUUCGGCUCUGCCAAAAAGUCCCCGCGCUUCGCCAUAUACCUCAUCCUCGUAUCUGCUGGCGUAAUCCUCGACGACUUGGUACCUUCCUAACAAGAAGCAGAUUCUUCUCUCAGAGACCUAUGCCUCAUUAA